UACUGUUAGCGACGCAGAAGCAUGUCCUGUACAAAAUGUGACGACCUGGUCAGGCACUAUUCAACCUCAAUAUUACCCACGACCUUACAAACCAAACAUGGAUUGUUACUGGCUGGUACAAGUGUCACAAGGAAAUCGCAUCGAAUUAAACUUUCUAGAUUUUGCGAUGGACGCCAUUCGGAGUGAAGAAGUUGGCACUUGUCCUUAUGAUUAUGUUGUUGUAAUGGAUGGUUCCUUUGGCAGCACAAACAUAGUUAUACGACUCUGUGGCACUACAAUCAACACUCUAUCAUCAUGUGGCGGCCAGAAGACGAUGGUUUCGACGACUAACUCAGUGCUCGUGCAUAUGCACACAGACGACAAGAACGAAAAUCGAGGAUUUAUAGCUAGCUACCAGGGUAUUUGUAAAGUGAUUUUCUCUUCAGUCAGUGGAACCAUCAUGUCCCCAAAUCAUCCAAAUAACUAUCCAAACGGCGCUAAGUGUGAGUGGAUCAUUGAUCUUGGUCCAGGAUAUAACAUAACCCUUACAUUUCAUAAAUUUGUCUUGGAAACAAAAGAAAAUUGUGAAUAUGAUUGGGUUAGAGUACAAGAGGGAAACAACGAAGACUCCCCAAAAAAAGGCACUUUCUGCUCAGAUGUGCUGCCUCCUGAUAUAACAACUGUUGGACCGAUGAGGAUUGUCUUUGAAUCGGAUGGUGACAAAGAGUACGAAGGAUUUUACAUGACAUGGUUGGCACAGGAUCGAAACGAAUGUCUUGAACCUGAUAUCUGCCAUGCCAAUGCAACUUGUGCUAACACAGCAGGUUCCUAUCAGUGCACCUGUAAGCUGAGUUACACUGGGGACGGUAAAUCCUGUACGUGGUACAAAGAUUUUAAUGAGUGUGAGUCAAACCUUGACAACUGCCAUGUGGACGCCAUUUGUAUAAACACGCCUACCCAUUUUGAGUGCAUGCGUAAACCUGGCUUCUUAGGAGAUGGCCUUUCCUGUGUUGAUCGAAACGAGUGCCUUGAGCCUGGUAUCUGCCAUGCCAAUGCAACUUGUGCUAACACAGCAGGUUCCUAUCAGUGCACCUGUAUGCUGAGUUACACUGGAGACGGUAAAUUCUGUACGUGGUACAAAGAUUUUAAUGAGUGUGACUUGAACCUUGAUAACUGCCAUGAGGACGCACUGUGUAUAAACACGCUUACCCACUUUGAGUGCAAAUGUGAACCUGGCUAUUUAGGAGAUGGCCUUAACUGUACUGUUAAAGCAAAUGUUUCACUAAAUAAUUCGGAAGCCACAACGAAAACACCAGGGACAACUGAGUUAGAUCUUCCACCGCCUUCUAUGGGAAACAACUCUGAACAAGUCAAAGGAAGUACCUUACCAACUGACAAGAGAGGUUCUAUCCCAGGAAUCAUCACUGGAGUUGUUGUUGCUGUUGUUAUGGGAACGAUUGUGUUAAUCUUUAAAAGAUGGAAAGUCAAACAAAAACGACUUCGUGGUGUCAAAACAAAAAGAUCGAAGUCUGACAUUGUCCACUUCCUGAAAGAGGAAGUCUACCCUGAUAGGGUAACUCUCCAUGAAGAACUGGGCCGGGGGGCUUUUGGUAAAGUUCAAAGAGGAGUUUUAAGAAAAUUACCAAGCACUGAAGUAUUUCGUAUGCAAAGGGAGAAGAGAGCAGAAGUCUGCGAAGAAACUGUUGUUGUUGCUGUGAAAGUGUUAUUCGAUGCAGCGUGCGAGGAAGGAAAACAUCAGUUUCUACGGGAAAUUGAGCUUAUGAGAAAAAUUGGUUCUCACAAGAAUGUACUUUCUAUGCUCGGCUACUGGAUCAAGUCGGAACCAAUCAUGUUAAUCUUGGAAUAUGUUCCGCACGGAGAUCUUCUUCAGUGGUUAAGAGACAAACGGCAGUAUAUUUCAUCGCAGCAACAAGACCUCUAUGAAGGAAAACAAUGCAUUGGAGAAGGAGAGAACGACGAGGGAAGACGGAUUCCUGGUGACGAAUCCAGAGGUGUUUCGGGGGCGAUAAAUUUGACCGGAGCUGACAACGCCUGCAAGGUGGUAAAUUUGACGGAGGCGGACAUGGCUUGUCGAGUAGAAAUAGCUCCUACGUUGUUGGAAAAUGAGGAAAAGAAAGGGACGCCACAGAAAAAUGGCAUCCCCUGUCAAGUGGUUAACACAGAGGUUCAGUCGUCAGAUGAACAACACAUCAACUCAUGUUCAAAUGACCUUUCUGUUAAAGAUCUUGUUUGUUUUGCGUGGCAAAUAACUCAAGGGAUGGAUUACUUGGCCAGUAAAGAAUUUGUUCACCGUGAUCUGGCGGCCCGUAAUGUUCUUCUUGGUGAGGGUAGAACUGUUAAAAUUGCUGACUUUGGACUGUUACGUCAUACGUAUGGUGAAAUAUACGAAGCGAAACAGAAGAAGAAACUGCCAAUCAAAUGGACGGCACCGGAAGCGCUCUGUCACGGCAGCUAUACUUCUAAAAGUGACGUGUGGUCCUUCGGAGUAGUUCUGUGGGAAAUGGCGACAAUGGGCGGAAUUCCAUAUCCUGGAAUAAGCAACAAAGAGUUGUACAAACUUCUUAAGACUGGAUAUCGAAUGGAAAAACCAGACAUGUGUUCUGACGAAAUAUACAAUCUAAUACUGGAGUGCUGGAAGGAAGAUCCCAGCGAAAGACCAACAUUCAGGGACCUGAUUCCAACACUGGAAGAAAUGAUGACUAAAGACACUCCUUACUACGACUUCGACAAACUGGACGAGAAUGAUGCUUGUUACGAUGAAGUCAUUUCUGACAGCAGUGACACUUGCGAUGCAGACACUCCGUUAUAAUUUAGUAAUAUAUUAAUUUUGUAAACAACGAAAAGUUUUAGUUCAGUACUGAACGAUGAAAAUAGCACAUGACGGCAUUGGCACUCCCUCAAAAUGAUAAGAAAAGGUAAAAGAGCUGCCUUAAAUUAAACAUCUGAAUACAAUUUGCAAAAUUUAAAUGGCAUGAUAAACAAAACACAUCCUACUCAUGUUGCAUUUUUCCGAUAAAUUUUUUCCAUGGUACAUGAAAAGAAUCAAUGGUUCAUUGGCCAUUUGACUCUCGAAAAUGACUUACAUGAAAUUUCUCCCUGCAAUAUCCAUACAUUAUCCAGCAAACUGGUAAUGACUGACAAUACUCAAAUUUAUCGGGUAAACGUUGUUUUC